UGUGCCUCCUCCAUGUCUGUACAAUGUGAGGGGAGGAUGCUUCGAGGCAACCUUUGCUUUCAAGAGUCCUGCACAAAGCCAGUGGCUUCUCCCGCCCCAGUGCUGCCGCUUGGAUGUAUUUUGGAAGGCAGCUGUAUUUUCGUGCAGGCAGGCAGGCAGCAUCACCAUCAUCACCCCACACUGUCCACGGAGCCUGACACGCAUGUAAAGUAAAGGAGACAAGUAAAGCAGCUCUUUUGACGGCAGCCAGCAGCACAGGAAUGUGCCCAAGUGUGGUCUUCAAGCCACAUUUAGGCGCUACCUUCGCUUUUUUCUUAACCCCGCAGAGCAAGUCACUACCCCUGCUGUAACCCUCUCUACCUAUUUUGUGUUUUAUCGCAAUUUGUUGCUGGGAGGACGUUGCUUUUCUUUGCUUUUUGUCAGGCGUGAACAAGACAAACUUGUGUGCAUGGCUCUGGUCAUGGAGCCCGUCAGCAAGUGGAGCUCCGGGCAAGUGGUGGACUGGAUGAAAGGACUGGAUGACUGCCUGCAGCAGUACAUCAAGACGUUUGAGAGAGAGAACCUCGGGGGGGACCAGCUGCUGCGAAUCACCCACCAAGAGCUGGAAGAUUUGGGGGUGUCCAGGAUCGGCCAUCAGGAGCUCAUACUGGAAGCGGUGGACCUGCUUUGUGCGCUGAAUUAUGGACUGGAAACAGAGAAUCUGAAGACUCUUUCUCAUAAGCUGAACGCCUCAGCCAAGAACCUACAGAACUUCAUCACAGGCAGGCGGCGCAGCGGCCAUUACGAUGGCCGAGCCACUCGCAAGCUACCUAACGACUUCCUCACCUCUGUCGUUGAUCUCAUCGCUGCUGCCAAAAGCCUUCUGGCAUGGCUAGACAGGUGUUCUUUCUUCUCCAGGUCCCCAUUUGCUUCCGUGGCUGAUUAUGGUGUGACCAGAAACAACGUGAUCCAGCUGUGUCUUGAGCUAACUACAAUUGUACAGCAGGAUUGUUCUGUAUAUGAGACAGAGAACAAAAUCCUGCAUGUGUGUAAAACUCUAUCUGACGUGUGCGACCACAUUAUUUCUCUGUCCUCCGAUCCCAUGGUGUCACAGGCUGCACAUCUGGAGGUGGUGCAGCUGGCCAACAUCAAAUCUACUGAGGGACUGGGCAUGUACAUUAAGUCAACAUACGAUGGAUUGCAUGUCAUCACGGGAACAACAGAGGGAUCUCCAGCUGACCGCUGUAAGAAAAUCCAUGCUGGAGAUGAAGUCAUUCAAGUCAAUCAUCAGACCGUGGUGGGCUGGCAGCUGAAGAACUUGGUUAAUCUGCUGCGUGGGGACCCGGCAGGUGUCACCCUGACAUUGAAGAAACGCCCACAGAGCACGCUCACCUCCACACCUGCUCUCCUCAAGAACAUGCGGUGGAAACCUUUGGCUUUGCAACCACUGUUCCCUCAGAGUCCCAGCAGCAGUGCUGCCACACCGACCAGUACUUUAAGCACCCCAUCCAGGAGAGGAAGCUGCGCCCUCCAAGACCUCUACAUCCCCCCUCCUCCUGCAGAACCUUACACCCCCAGAGACGACAAAGGGAGUCUGCAAACCGACGAUCCACAGUCUGACCAUGUCCACGCCACAAAGCGCUCCGAGUCGCCAAACUCCUACCUGGACCAGGAGUGUAGGCGACGAUUCCCUCUGGUGGAGGAUGAUUCUAUACUGUACUGCUACGAGUACGACCAAAAUCAAGAGGUGUCGUCUGUCCGCAGGGGGAGCACGCCCACCUACAACAGACUACGGCCGAUCUCCAUGCCGCUGGAAUACAACUGGACGGGAGAUGAGGAGGAGGAUGUGGCAAAGCUGAAGAGAGAGAGUAGGAGAGAAAAUUCACUGCUGCGUUUUACCAGUGAAGACAAAGGCCCGGGGGGAGACUUUUUGCUGGGCCGCAGCCUGAGUCACAGUAGAAGAAAGAUGGAUAGGGGAGGCAGCCCGACCCAUUACACGCUCAUCCCGGCCCUCCAGAUGGAAGUCUCCCUGUCUACAUCCAGCUCUGACUCUGCCUCUCUGUACCAUGUGUUUGAGCGAUCCUCACUGCUGUCCAGGUCAAAGAAGAGUAAAGGCGGAAGCCCCAUGGCCUCCAUCAGCAAACGACGGAUCUCCUGCAGGGACUUGGGCCAGGGUGACUGCGAAGGCUGGCUGUGGAAGAAGAAGGACGCUAAGACCUAUUUUUCUCAGAAAUGGAAAAAGUAUUGGUUCAUCCUGAAAGACACGUGUCUGUACUGGUACAUGAACGAGGAGGAUGAGAAGGCAGAAGGAUUUGUCAAUCUUCCGGAGUUUAAGAUUGAUCGUGCCACUGAAUGCAGGAGAAAGUACGCUUUCAAGGCUUGCCACCCGAAGAUUAAGACUUUCUACUUUGCGGCAGAAAACGUAGACGACAUGUCUCGGUGGUUGAGUCGUCUCAGCAUGGCCGUGGCGGGAUACUCCGAGCAGGACAAAAUACGGGACCAAGAUUAUUGGAGUGAGAGUGACCAUGAGGACAUGGACAUGUCGUCCAUGAGCAAACAGGACAGUCCCCCGCCACCAUAUGACACUUAUCCCAGGGCAUCAUCAGUGAGCCCGUUUUUAGAACCUAAACGUGGCCAUUUCUCCUCAUCGGACACGUUCCAAUCACGUUCCUCACACGAGGAUUACCACUCGGAGCCUCUAGAAGGCUGCAGCAACAACAAUGGCGGCAUCUCCCCUGGGCCGAAGGCAAGCAACCACCGAAACUCCUGGCAGGACCAGAUGGAGAGCAAUGCCAGAAAGCACUUCCUCCAGGCGUAUCCCGUUGAGGAAUCCCUGCUAUCCAGGGACAGGGACCAACUGGCCAUGGAGUACCGCAGGCAGUCCACGUUGCCCGCACAGCGAAGCCUGCUGCAGGAACAGUACCAAGCCUUACCCCUGCCCAUCAGGUCCAGUAUUGAUUCGGAGGUGGGAGGGAAGCCUCGCAGCUUCACGCUACCCAGAGACAGUGGUCUUCACGCCAUCCUGGCCGCCAACGCCGGUGCGUCGGAUGACAGAGCACCUCGACACUACCAGCUGGAGCGGCCCAGGGAAAUAGGACGUGGACGAGACUUGAGACUGCAGUCGGACUCAGUGGGGGAUUUGUACCGAGCUCUGGAGCAGACCAGUCUGUCCACCUCAGCAGACCACCGAUCAUCCAGCCGCUUGGAGUACAAGCGCUCGUUUGUUCGCCGAGUUAACGACCCUCUGCUCAACGACAAGCUUCACCGCCUCCGCAUCCUUCACAGUUCUCUUAAUAAUGUUCCUCUUCAAGACACAAACCGCUCAAUGGGCUUUUUAGGCUAACCUGUGAUGCCUCCAGCGUCCGUUUGGUGCCUCAAGCAGCAGCCGGAGAUGAAAAGGCACCAGAAAUCUUCUUUUACCUUCUUUCUUGGUACCCUUCACACAUCCUUUUUGUUGUUUUGAGGAUGAGAACCGUUCCAAGAGGUCAAGCACUGGUUUGCGGGGGAAAAAAAGCACUUUGUGUGUAUGUCAUGGACUUGAUGGACUGGUUCACGUGUGUAACCCUGCACACGCCUGGGGCUUGAAAUACGGUCCACCGAAAGAGUCGUAAAUGCUAGGUGUAACCCGCCUGGUUCUGCCAGUCCUGUGUUUCACACAGGCUCAAACCAGGAUCUACAGAAGUUGAGCUAAAAACUUAAGCUGUCAACUCGAUGUCCUGUGUAACAGAAUGGUGGUGACACUCUUAAGGCGUCAGCUCCAUCAAGUGGCAUCCAUUACAUAGGCAUGUCUAGCAUGGCUAUUAAGGUGUCAGGGAGUGAUGUUUACCAACGUACUCUCACACAGCUGCAUCAACUGGCAUUCGUUGCAUAGGCAUUGAGCUAAAAGCCCAUGUUGUUGACACAAUGUCCGGAGCAACUCUUAAAGCAUCAGGAACUGAGGUUUACCUGAGGCACCAACUGUUCAUCCAUUACAUAGGCAUUGAGCUAAAAGCACGAAUUGACAACACAAAGUCCAGCGCGACUUCUAAGGCACGUACUUUUGCACAACUGCUGCACCAGUUGAGCCAUUGAUCUAAAAGCCAGAGCUGCCAACUCUAUGUCCAGCACGACUCUAAAGGUGUCAGGGAGUGAGGUUUACCAACGUACUCUCGCGCAGUUAAACCAGCUGGUAUCCAUUACACAAACCUAAAAGCCAGAACUCUCAACUCAAUGUCCAGCAUGACUCUUAAGGCAUCUGGAAGUGUUGUAUACCAUUGUACAUUUGUACAGCUGCACCAGCUGGUAUCUGUUGCAUAGCCAUCGAGCUAAGAGUCAAGGGAGGCUUAUAAAUGUACUCUUUCUUGCACAGCUGCAUCACCCCCGCUAGCUCACUCUCAUCUGGGUCACAGCACCAAUAUAACCCAUCUGGUUUGCCCCCCUGCCCAUGUAGGGGGGUUCAAACCAAGGCCCACUGAAUGAGAGUUGAGAACGCUAAGCAUUGAGCUGAAAGCCCGAGCUGUCAAAUCGAUGUCCAGCGUCCAGCUGACAUCCGUUACACAUGCAUGGCUGUUUCCCGUCACUUUUUGCUGGAAUUGUGUGCAACUGAAUUACUAUUUUGGAUGUACACACCACUUUGUUAUGUGUAUGAUGAAUCUAUAUUAUUAAGUAUGACAUUACUACACAAUGUCUUGAGGAUAUGUGCUGGGAUACAAAUUGUUAACAAGUGCUGUGCCUCAGUGAUUGUGAAUGUACAUUGUACUUUUUCAAGAACAAGAAGAGAAGCCGUAGAACGCACGUUUUCCCUUCAAUGGGGGGAAAAUCUAACCUUUGGCAAUAAGGAAAUAGUAUUGUAAAAUACAAAAGGAAUGGUCAGAAUAGUUGUCUAUUUUUGUAUGCAUGCAGUCUUUCCAAUGGUGGCAAAAAUAAAUCCUUUUUUUAUUUCUAAUUGUGGUAAAUUCGCCUCAACCACAAGACUUAUUUUAAGAAAAGCUAAUUUCACUGUAAAAAACAUGGAGUAUUUACUGUAUUUAUUAUUAAGUGUUUCAUGUACAAGCAUGUUUUGUAAUACUAAAACACAUGACCAUGCUGUUUAAACUGCACAUGUGUGCAUAUUGCCAUAUUGUAGCUGCAAUACAGUACUUUUAUUUAACAAUAAAGUAUGGCGUGGGCACACAGCCGACAUGCUUUUGUCAUACUUAUAUUUAAUGGGGACCUAUUAUGCUUUUUCCACUUUUCUGACCUAUAAAUGUUGUUAGAAUGUUAUUUUCUCCUGUUAAACGAUGCCAAAGCUUCAGAUGAUGAGGUUUGUGCAUUGGGAAGGUAACCCUGCCCCCCAACAUUAUUAUUAUUGUUAUUGUGUUAUGGUUAUUGUGUGUAGCUGCUCUGUAGGAGUACACAACUCAAUACUAAGGGACGGAAAUUAGCAUAACAGGUCCCCUUUAAGCUUCUUUCAGUUUGCUUUUAAUUUUUUCAUAUCUUCAUAAAUGAUAUACAGUGUACCAUCAUUUGUCAUGGGGGUCGGUUCCCAAAAUAGCCCACAAUAAGUGAAAGCCACAAAGUAACCAAUUUAAUUUUUUUACAGUUUUAAGGCUGAAAGACCGUUAACCAUACAUUUUAUUUACAUAUACAUUUUUCCCGACGGGCAUUAACAUUUUCUCGCAUUUAUCUCUUGUUUAAACAGUCAAAAAAUGUCUAAUCUUUGUUUGCAUUCGAACAAUUAACCUACCAGGUUGGACACAAAAAAUCCUUAAGUGACUCGUGUAUUUCACUCGUCUGACCGUGCCUCUUCAUCAUCAUUGUGUCAUUCCACUGUAUUGUAGUGUUUUUGCAUCCUUGUUAAAACAUAUUGCUCCCGUUUUUUUUCCUUCUUCCUUCCUGCAACCUCAGGUGCCUUUGAUGGUGCAGAAUGUUUCAUUGACACUGAGGGUGUUGUCAAGGAUCAAACACACUACUUGUGAUCAAACAUUUAUGCAAAUUUGGCAAGGUGAACGUAUUCUGUACUGCACAGGAAGGCACAAAGACAAUUUAUUGACAAUGGUCUACAGUCCCUUAGCCAAUCAGGACGCAGACCACAACACAUGUUCACAUUUAAUGUAUAGACCGACUUUUAGCUUAUCAAUGUUGCCUUAAUGAAAGUGUGAGUCAGCAGCU